AUGCAAACCGUAAUGAGUAAUGAAGGAUCUACAUUUAUGAAUGGUGUAGAGGAUGAAAUUCAAUAUAUUUGGAGAAGGAAUUGUCCAUAUCUAUAUGAUACAAUGUUAUCCUAUACAUUGGAGUGGCCAACAUUGACAAUUGACUGGCUUCCAAACUCUUAUAAAUCAGUUGAUGGAAGUUAUUCUGUACACAAAAUCAUUUAUGGAACUCAUACAAGUGAUCAAGAACCCAAUUAUCUAAUAAUUGCUGAAGUACAUAUAAGCGACUUGGAGGAAAAUGAAGAUUUAAUGAAUGUUGAAAGCUUUGCUGAAUACUCAUAUAAUCCGGAUAACACAAAUAUGAACACAGUUCAAUUUGAGGUGAAAGCAAAAUUAAACCAUCCAGAAGAAGUUAAUAAAGCAUUACAUAUGCCAGAACAUCCAUUUGUUAUUGCAAGUAGAGUAGUUAAUGGUGAUAUUCUAGUUUUUGAUUAUUCAAAACAUGAGUCAUUUCCAACUGAUGACCUUGUCCACCCCCAACUUCUUCUAAAGGGUCAUUCAAAGGAAGGUUAUGCAAUGGAUUGGGGAAAUGGCGUUUCAAAUAACUACUUAAUUUCAGGUGGGAGCGAUAAUAUUAUCAAUCUUUGGGAUUUUAAUAACAAUACCUAUGGAAUUUUAAAUUCUAGUGCAAGAAAUCAUUUUAACUAUCCAAAUAAAAUCAAUGUAGAUUCACAAGAAUCAUAUGAACUUUCCCCACCAAUUUUGAAGCCAAUAAAAAGUAUUUCGUGGCACAAUUCUGUUGUCAAUGAUUUAAAAUGGCAUCCUUCUGACCCCUCAAUAUUUGGGUCUGUAUCAGAUGACGGAACUUUUUCUAUUUGGGAUUUGAGAAGUUUAUCUGAAAAUUCUCCAAAUUUGUUUAGAAAGACAGAAUCUGGAAUCAACACUCUUUCUUUCAACCAAUUUGUUCCCACCAUGGUUUCCACUGGUAAUUUGGAUGGAAUUGUUCAAAUCUGGGAUAUCAGGAAUACUAAAGAAGAGCUUUUUUCUCUCAACUUUCAUUCUGAAAAGCCUAUUAUAUGUAUGGAGUGGUCUAAAUGGUCUCCAAAUAUCCUAAUCACAGGGGGAGUUGACAACAAAGUAAUUGUAUGGGAUUUAUAUAAAAAUCACUCUUAUAAAGAAAAUGACACAUCUUAUUCAUGUAAUAAUGAUGAAAAUAUCAAUAAUAAUAACCAAAUCAACGAAGACCAUAUCAAAGCUCAUUCUCAACAGGAUUCGUCAGACCCAAAUGCAGUUUUUAUUCACUAUGGGCAUACAGCUCCUAUUACCAGUAUUUCUUGGAAUCCAAAUGAGCAUGGAGAUCCUCUUCUAAUAGCAUCUGCUUCAGAAGAUAAUACUAUUCAGUUUUGGCAAUUUUCUGAUACUUUUCUUAAUUAA